CGGAAGCAACUCCUUCAGUCUGCUCGCUGCCCCCGUACGCUCACCCCGCCGCCGUCGCGCCGCCAUUUUGAAGACGGGAAGCGUAGAGCGCUGGGACAGCUGGAGGCGGCGGCGGUGGUGACUGGCAUAACUUUACGAAAGGAAAGAUAAUUUGCGUCUGCCCUUUCCGCCAGAAAUGGCCAAUGUGCUCUGUAACAGAGCCAGAUUGGUUUCCUAUCUGCCAGGAUUUUGCUCUUUAGUUAAAAAGGUUGUCAAUCCAAGAGCCUUUUCAACUGCAGGAUCUUCAGGUUCUGAUGAGUCUCAUGUGGCCACUGCACCUCCAGAUAUAUGCUCUCGAACAGUAUGGCCGGAUGAAACUAUGGGACCAUUUGGGCCUCAGGAUCAGAGAUUCCAGCUUCCUGGAAACAUAGGUUUUGAUUGUCAUCUCAAUGGGACCACAUCACAGAAGAAAAGCCAGGUUCAUAGAACUUUACCUGAUAUUUUAGCAGAACCUUUAUCAAGUGAAAGACAUGAGUUUGUAAUGGCACAGUAUGUGAAUGAAUUUCAGAAUAAUGAUGCACCUGUUGAGCAAGAAAUUAACAGUGCAGAAACCUACUUUGAAAGUGCCAAAGUAGAGUGUGCAAUCCAGACAUGUCCAGAAUUGCUGCGAAAAGAUUUUGAAUCACUGUUUCCAGAGGUAGCCACCAACAAACUAAUGAUCCUGACUGUAACACAGAAAACUAAGAAUGAUAUGACUGUUUGGAGUGAGGAGGUAGAAAAUGAAAGAGAAAUGCUCUUAGAAAAGUUCAUCAACGGUGCUAAAGAAAUCUGCUAUGCUCUUCGAGCGGAAGGCUAUUGGGCUGACUUUAUUGAUCCAUCAUCUGGUUUGGCAUUUUUUGGACCAUAUACAAACAACACUCUUUUUGAGACAGAUGAACGCUAUCGACAUUUAGGAUUCUCCGUUGAUGAUCUUGGCUGCUGUAAAGUGAUUCGUCACAGUCUCUGGGGUACCCACGUGGUUGUAGGAAGUAUCUUCACUAAUGCAACACCGGACAGCCAUAUUAUGAGGAAAUUAAGUGGAAACUAGCAGUAAUGUCAACUUAUUUGCUCUACUAUUUGUAUGUAACAAUUUGGGAUGAUCUAUAAACAUUGGCAAAAACAUUCAGUUUUUAAAAUUUACUUGUAGGUAUUUAUUUCAACAUUUAUGAAUUUACACUUUGGGCAGGUGGUUUGUGAUCUUUUAAAUUUCGCAUUGUUCAUUCAUUAAGCACAUACUAAGCACAUCCACAUUGUACCUAAUGUGGUAAUUAACAUGUAACCAGGGUAUCAUCUCUUAUUAUUUCUCCCCUUUAUUGGAAAAAAAAAAAACUCAGUUUUAAUUAUUUUUCUCCAAAAAUAAAUCAUACAUUUGGUUCUGAUCAUAUGCCUUUUUCAUUGCAAUAUUUUAAAAAUACAGCUUUUAAGAUUCUUAAGAAACUACAGUAUUAAUCUUUUUGAAGUUUUUUUUAAAUAAAUGCAAUGAUAAGUCUGAA